AUUUCUCUGCCGUUUCAUUAACACCACUCACAGUGGAACUGGUUUUUGUUAGCGCUCCUCGAGUUUGAAAAGACGACACAAACCUCAACGGCGAUGUGCAAGAAGAUAUCAGAGUACAGGCAAACAACCCUACCGGAUCAUCAUCUCAGGAACACCGCCCUUUCAUCCUCUCAUACAUCCAACAUCGACUCCGGGUCGGAUCCUCUUCCGUCCUCGAAACCCCUCACUUAUCUCAGCAGAGAAAGACUGUGGGCAGAGACUGAUUCAGUGUCAAGGAACGCUGCUAAUAUACCUCUACUUGUGAAGAGAGUGCGAGAGUGUGUAGAGGGGAUUCACAAGCUCGAUUCUCUCAACACAAGAAGGACCAUUCACCCUAACCCCAGAAUCACCCCCUGACUCUCGGGUUUGAGUUAUAUAUAUUCACAUUAUGAUGGUUGAGUACUAUGGUGAUUAAGAAGACCUAUGUCAAAAGAACUAAUCACCUCAUUCUUUGAUCGUAAGAGUACAUUACUUCAGUUUUUU